AUGAACAAUUCCACAGUGAACUUCACCACACCUGAAGCAUCCACAAACUCCACAACUCAUUCCAUAAUAACCAGACUGGACAUUUGUGUAUACAGCAUCAAUUUCCUGUUUGGUCUUCCGAUACACUCCUAUGUUAUUUGGCUCAUCGUAACAGGAAGUGGAAUUGCAUCAGAGUUCUUCAACCUCAAUCUCUCUGUUUCUGAGAUUGGCAACUGUCUGAAUUGUUUGUUCUUUGUACUGUCAGUUUGGUUUUCAAGCCUCAUGAAAUUAACACAGUUUUCAUUUGGACUUGUCCUCAGUGGUCGUCCUCUGUUUCAGUGUCUGAUCUGUGUUGAACGUUAUCUGGCAGUGGUUCAUCCUGUAACCUUUCUGAAGUUCAAACCUCUCAGAUUCAAAAUGAUCUGUUCCACAGUAGCCUGGAUCAUUUGUCUUUGCUUCUGUUUGGUCUGCAUGCUUACUAUAGACUCUGAAAACAUUGUACAUCUAUGGUUCUUAUCGAUUCAGUUCUUACUGGUCCUCUCCAUUCAGUUGUUUUGCCUUUCGGCUGUUCUCAGAGCUCUGAAACAGUCAGGACCAGGAGAGAGAGUGGAGGAGAGAGAAAAGAAAAGCCACAUAAAGAGAAGAGCAUUUUAUCUCAUUCUUAUAACUACUGUGAACAUGGUUAUCAUAUAUGUCCCAAACGCUAUCUUAGGAUUCUUUACCGUUGUGACCAAGCAAUACAUUCAUGCAGUUUGGUACACUGGUUGGAUUUGUUAUGCUCUGGCUGGUUAUGUUCAUCCUGUUCUUUAUCUGCACAGGGUUGGAAAACUCUCCUGCCUCUGUUCUCCAUAA